AUGGCUGAUCCACCAAAUGAUUCAGGAACCCCUCAAUCGCCACGGCCACCCCCGCCAUCAUCGCAGGGUCAGGCGCACAAGGUCUACCAGAAUCGAGCAACCAGUGCUCUGGCAAGACUAACUCAACCAUUCUUUACCGGAUCACGUUCCCCGAGCCCAUCAGAUGUCUCUAAUCGCGUACCCGACGAAGAUCAUCAUGUGAGAUUGACAAGAUCAAAAUCCUUACCUGGAUCCUCUCAGACUGUCACCCAUCGCACCGGCCUAUCAAUAGCGUCGCUGGACAUUUCCCCGCAGAAAACGCAUGCCGUCAUCGCUGGCCGAGAAAUUUUCAAGACGAUUCGCGUGUCUCAAGACGGCUCCUCUGAAGAAUUUAACCUCCGCGAUGCGAUUAUCAAGGCUUCGUCUAAGAAACAAGCUCUGACCGGUCUGGCCUCGAAAUUCAAGGAUCAAUUGGCUAUCAAGGAUGUGAAAUGGUCUCAUGGAGAGUUUGAUACAGUUAUUGCGACCGCUGCAGCUAACGGUCGCAUCAUUACAUACGACCUGCAGCGAGCAGGGCUGGAACUCUCAAGGCUAAAUGGCCAUAAUCGUCAGGUCCACAAAUUAGCAUUCAAUCCACAUCGGCCCGCCUGGCUUUUAUCGGGGAGUCAGGACAGUACAAUUCGUAUGUGGGACUUAAGUAAUAGCGAUGCAGUACGCGAUAUUCGAUGGUCGACAGGCGAUGGCACCGUCUUCGCGACGGCGACGGAUAGCGGAGCAAUCCAGUGUUGGGACUAUCGACAUACCAAGGCCCCACAGCUGAAGAUCACAGCCCAUGAGAAACCAUGUUAUGCUGUCGACUGGCAUCCCGACGGGAAACAUCUCGUGAGUGCGGGCACAGAUAAACAGGUUAAAGUUUGGGAUUUUUCUUCCUCAGCGGAGCGCAGACAGAAACCGACUUUUCAGUUUCGUGCUCCUCAACCGGUGGUGAACGUGAGAUGGCGACCAGCCAGUCGGGUCUCGGAAUUUUCUGAUGACAGAAAUUGGCAAUCAACGCAAGUGGUUACGUCGUAUGAUAAAGAAGACCCCCGCAUACAUCUCUGGGAUCUCCGCCGUCCACACAUACCCUAUCGAGAAAUCGAUCGCUACGAAACACCUCCUGCCGACAUGCUUUGGAAGUCAAACGAUUUACUUUGGACUGUUGGCGAAGCAGGAGCGUUUACUCAGACGGACAUUCGGUAUGUUCCCGAAGUCGUUAGUCGUCGGCCAAUGUGUGCCGUGGCCUGGAGUCCGACUGGCGAAGUUGUUGCAACUGUGCAGAAACGGCCUCGACGCCGGCCCUUGGCUACCAGGAAUCCUGAGUUUUUCGGACUUGGUGAUGAGAAGGAGCGGGUUUUCGAGAGACAUCGGAGUUUUGCAGAUAGCAGCGCCCUAGAUGAUAUUGCAACAACGCAGCCAAAACAACAACGAGGAAUGGCCUUGGGUAUUUCAAAGUCGCUGGGGAAUACCCCUCCAGAUCCGGUAGACAAAAUUACGGUCAUACCUCUUGGAGACUCGUUAUCAGGCGAGCUUCCGACACCCAAUCAGGUGGGUAUUGUUGGACGAAUCGAGGGUGUUGCAUCCGAUGAGAUGGUUUUCCGCUACUUAGCUGAGCACGGUUUGACGGACCUGGACUGGAAUGCGACGCAAGCCGAGAUGGCAGGCCAGCACAAGCUUGCUCAAACUUGGAGUAUUGUAAAGUACACCGUGCUCCAGGAAAUCGAACAUCGAGCGGAAGAGAGAAAGCGAAAGCCCAAAGAGAAAACAAACCAGGUCCAUAGGUCUCCGCAUGCACAUUUCAGCGACCGAACUCGCCUGCCUGACGGACCCAAGUCAGCCAAGGUUAAGUCUCACCUCUUUAAAGGAGUCAUGGAAACAGAAGCUCACCGACGCGGGGCGCCGGAAAUUGAGAGCUCCUCAAACGUGACUACUCCUCUUGCGCAGCCACUUCCGGAUUCUCCUUCUGGCGUCAUUUUUCCCUCGGUAAGUCAUGGAGAGUCCGUGACAGACGAUCUCAUAGAUUUGCAACCUUUACCGCCUUCCGUCAUGAGCUCGCGUUACAGUACUAAAAACCAGAACGAGACAAGUACACCGCGGAUGCAGCGUCACGAAUCAGAAUCAAGUGAAUUUAUGCCCUUUUACUCAGGUAGUUUCAACUCAGAGCAAGUGCGAGAAGGUCAGGUUGAUAACUCCAAGGACGACCAGAGGACUGCGCCUCGAGCUAUAGCUGGUCGCGUCGAUUGGCAUCGUCACCGGUCUAGUGAUGCAGCAGCGAAGGAAGGAUCCGAAGACGAUUAUGAGCAAAACGUUGAGAGUCGAAAAGCUCUUUUACGUGACUACAAAGCCCCACCAAAGAAGGUUUUGAACCUGGAAUCUCUUGCUAGUGAAGCAAGUCGUCCGACACGUCCUGGGACUUAUUUUCGGCACGACUCUACUGAAAGUUUCCCAAUGUUCUCAGCUUCUACGGAUAGCUCGCAACGUACAAAAUCGGUGGACAUCUCGUUAUCUCCUCGAACAAGUGCACUUGCUUCCUCAAGGCGGGGUAGCGUUGGCUGGGAGACCGAAGAGGAUGCUAUUAUCGAAGAGGAUGAACCUGCGUCCUCUAAAGCUGCUAGCGUCCCUGAUUAUGGAUCCUAUCAAGACAGAAUCGUUUCCGAUAAUUCGUAUCCCGACGAGUCCCACAUUCAUCUUCAGCGUCCGUCUAGUCCUGCUCCAAUCGUAGCGGAGUCAGACAAAACUGAAAAGGACCAACGACAAGAGAAAACCAGUGAUACUACUGCAAAACAAAACGAAGAUUUUCGGUUACCCCUUUCUCCUGAAAUCUCAGCAAAUAAGCCUUGGGGCGCACAAGUCAUUCUUAGAGAGGCAGUACGACAUUAUUAUAGUACAGGCCCUGUUGAUACCCAGAUGGCGGCUCAUCUCCUUCGGAUGGUGCAUUCGCUCUUCUAUGACUGCGAAACAAUAUUACCGUACCACGAAUGUGAACAAGUCUUCAAAGCAUAUAAUGAACAGCUUAUUCGACAUUCGAUGUACGUGGAAGCUGCAGAACUCCGAAAUUUCUGUGUACCAAUAUACCCGGCGGUAUACGAGUACUCUCAGACAGAUACAUACAUCAAUGUCUAUUGCUACACUUGCAGAAAGCCUUACGAGAAUCCCGUCAAAGAUAACCGUCGAUGUCAUAAAUGUCGAACCCCACAACCUCCCUGUCCUAUUUGCCUCAACGUGGAGCCGCCUCUUGAAUGGACGAUAGGCGAGUCUGAUGGAGGUGAUGCCGAAGACUCGGAGGUCCUCUCCCAAAAUUCACUUCAAUCCGAUCAGACUGAACCGAUCUCGGGCCUGGAGAUAGAAUAUUUUGGUCAACAGUCCCGCAACUCUCACCGAAUUCCAGGCUCUAGCUUAUGGUCAUGGUGUCAAGGCUGUGGACAUGGCGGGCACCUAGCCUGCAUGAAGAAAUGGCUCAGCGACCUUGAAGCGAGUGAGGGCGGUUGCCCAACCCCUGGCUGCGUGCACGACUGUGGACCCGGACCACGACGUCGAGAGCACCGUGAAGUCAUGCAAACGGUAGCAUUCGGACGCCGGAUUACUUCCAACACUGCCAAGCGUGACUCUUGGGUAACCGGCGAAAGCAGAGCAGUUGAGAAAGUUCGCGGCAUGUUAUCUUCGGCUACAGCAGCACAGGGAUCAUCCGGGGAGAUGUCGCUGGGAGGCGCCGUGAGUAGUGGCGGUAGUGCUGCGCUUAACACGUCGUCCGGUGGUGGAACAAUAGGAUCUUCGAAGAAAGUUAGACUGGUAACUCCUAUUGAAGAAGGUUUGUUGCAUAAGGAUAUUGAUCCUCUGAUGCGUGACAAGGAGUCUACGUCGGAUCCUUUUUCGGGUUAA